CAGCAGUUCAGCACCACACGCGGCGGACAGCUCCCGCUCCUCACUGAAGAAAACCCCAUUAAACCAUCGCAGAACCCUUCGAAACGGACCCGGUCAACACCCACACGACGAACCGAGUGCCGUGGCCAUGUACGAUGGGGCGAGGGUUCCCUCCCCUGAGGAAGGCACUAACGGGGUCCCUGUGCAGCCUGAGACCCCAGCGGCCACAUGUCCCAAAGCUAACGAAGAGCCUGAGGAAGAGGUAUGUGUACCAACCGAGCCCGUCCUGGUGAAGAAAGCCCACCGUGAGAUUCUGGACCAUGAGAGGAAGAGGAGGGUAGAGCUGAAAUGCAUGGAGCUACAGGAGAUGAUGGAGGAACAAGGGUAUUCAGAAGAUGAAAUCAGACAGAAGGUUGAAACUUUUCGUCAGAUGUUAAUGGAGAAAGAGGGAGUGAUAAUGCGAGACGGCCCACGUCCACCGGUCAGGCUGCUUCCUCACGGUGAUGAAGAUCAUGUGGGAAACAUUGCAUACACUGAUGGCUAUGAGGAAGACUGCAACUGGGAUAGAGAAUAUUACAAUCGUGACUCAACCACCCACGAUGACUGCAGAUCCAAGAGGAAAUCCAGCAGUUCCCCUUCACCUCGGCCAAAGAAGAGGAAAAAGAAGAAAGCAAGAAAGCACAAUCGUGCCGAGAGUCCAUCUCCAACCCGCAGAGAAAAGAGGAAGAAAAGCAGCAAGAAACACAAAAGAGACAGGUCCACAUCUGGUGCCAGGAGGAAGCGGAGACACAGAUCUGGGAGCCCCACAAAUAAACACAAAGAUAAGAACAAACAGAAAAAGAGGUCAUCUGUGGAUUCUCCUAGCAGAGUUUCUCAGCACAGAGGAAGCUGUUGUAGUUCUCGCAGUGGAUCGGUUUCAUCCACAGUCAGCGCCUCCAAGUCCCCCAACAGAUCGAAUGUGAAGUGCAGUAACGACAGGCACAAACAGGGAGGAAGUCGCUCCGGUCACAGCCCACCGCCGUCCCCCAGAACCGACCAGCCAAUCACGUGGCAGAAUGGGAACUACGGCGCACGCGUCCGCAACGGCAAAGAAUCCGGAGUCAAAAACACAGACUGGAAUAAAGCCAACGAUAAACCUCGACCUCUGGCGGCGUCCCCCUCGAGUGCGCAGACGUACACGUCACCUCCUCCAAGAGGUGCCAAGCACCCCAAGAACCCUGGAGGAAUCGUGGCCCAGACGGGAGAUGACGGUUGCAGAGACGGCAAAUCGCUUUUGGAAUCGUCGGGGAGACGCAGCGGGCGGCCGAGGGUCCGAGAGAAGACGUCUGACUCGCCAGCGCACAGCAGCGACUCUCAACGUGAUCCACACGCAAAAAACAGGACUCAGAAGAGGACAAAAGGAUCUCAUUCGUCGAAGAGGCACCAUCGUGGACGAGGUCAGAAUCGUCACCGGAGUUCAUCCGUGUCACCGGGUCAGCACAAACACACGUCUAAGAAGAAGAACAACAAAAGUCACGGAGCCACAAGACAACGGAGCAGCUCCUGGAGCAGCGGGAGGUCAUCGCCACGACCUCAUUCAAGAGAACGCGACCCCAGCAAGAACAAAUCACCACACACCCGCCAGAACAACUCAAGAGAGAGAGACAGUCCUCAUCAUUCUGAUGCGGAGAGAUCUCGCCGCCGCUCACGCAGUUAUUCUCCCAUCCGGAAGAGACGGAGAGACUCGCCCAGUUUCAUGGAAGCUCGUCGGAUCACCAGCGCACGGAAGCGGCCAAUCCCGUAUUACCGCCCGAGUCCUUCCUCUUCCAGCUCCGCGAGCAGCUACUGCAGCUCUAGUCGCAGUCGCAGCCGCAGCCGCAGUUACUGCAGCUACAGCAGUUACAGCAGCUACAGUCGCAGUCGCAGCAGGAGUCGCUCCCGGAGCCCCAGUCCGGCACACAGUUACUACAGCCAAAGCAGCUCCGAGAGCCCUGGAUUCUGAGAUGAACUGGAGGUACACAGGGGGACUAAAAACAUUAAAACUGCACAGGAUAUCCACGUUCCCUUUCUACCGCAGGAUCUGCGCGGAAGACAACCAGAAGUAAAAAUAUGACAUUGAAUCAUGUCCAGAUAAAAUGCAGCUGGAAUCAGGGUUCCCAAACACACAGGAACACCAGGAAGCAGGAUAGAAGAACGUCCAGUCAAUAGGACUGAAAAAAGAGUAACAGAGUUUGUUCAAACAGGUUGCAACAUUUCGAAUUGUUUUAUUUUUCUUAUUCAAAUCUGUUUUAUUGUUGGUGGUCUAAAAACGGCAAAAAACAUCUGAAAUCUAAUUUACACAAAGCCAUUCGUACAUAACUGGUUUUGUCAACAUCUGUUUAUUAAAUGCAGGCAAUGUUACAAAUACAAACACUUUAUUUAAUGAUUUAAAAGCCUGAAGAACAAAGAUAAGAUAAGCACUUUUUUCCUGAAAUUCUUCCACGUUUGCAAAAAUAACCAAAAAAUGGGUUAUUAAUGAAACGCUAAAGUGUUUGGAGUACUGUAGAUUAUCUUAAACAUGUAUUACAAAAGGGUGCAGAAUCAAGAAACAAUAUUCCUAGUGUAAUGAGUCUCGACAAACAAGAACAAACUGUUAGAUUUGUCAAUAGCUUGUGAUUUGAGGGAAUCUCUCGGGUCAUAUUUUACCAUGAAAAAUAAGAAAUUAUAUUUUGCACAAAGAUAAUGAAGCCUUUUAUACCACCAUUAAGAUUGUUUCAUUGUUUUCAAAAUUAUUAAGCAACCAUUUCAAACCAUUUUCACUCACACACACACACACACAAAACAUGUGUUACCAAAACAUUUAAGCAACCAUUUUAAACAAUACAUUUAAAAAGCAAUUUGAUUGUUACAUUAUUUUCAAAACAAUUAAGAAACAAUUUGAAACAAUUAAACAAAUCAUUGUUAAAUUAUUUUCAAAACAAUCAAGAAACAAUUUCAAACAAUUAAAAAAGAAUUGUUACAUUAUUUUCAAAACAAUCAAGAAACUAUUUCAAAUAAUUAAAAAAUAAUUGUUACAUUAUUUUCAAAACAAUCAAAAAAAUUAUU